AUGCUGUUCAAGAGACUCAUGAGCUCCACGGUGAGCAGAAGGGCUCCUACAAACCUGUUUCAAUUGUUCCCUAAGACGUUUCCUAAUGCUCAAAUCCGUUUUAGAGUGGAUCAAAAAUCAUUAAGAAAAGAAUAUAGAUUAUUACAACAAGAAUCUCAUCCAGAUUCAAAUAUUGAUCAUGGUUCUGAAUUGAAAUAUGAUGAUUCUACAUCUUCAUUGUUGAAUAAGGCUUAUUCUACUUUAAAAGAUUCCUUAGCAAGAUCUCAACAUAUCUUGGAAUUAAAUGGGAUUGAUUUAAAACAAGAUGAAAUCUCCAAAAAAUAUAGUACAAAAGAUCAUGAAUUAUUAUUUGAUAUAUUAGAUAUUCAUGAAAAUUUAGAAAAUGUUAGUAAUGAAACAGAAUUAGAAAAAUUAAAAGAAGAAAAUGAUGAAAGAAUUGAAUCAAGUGAAGAUUCUUUAGAACAAUUCUUUAAAGAUCAAAAUUAUGAAGAUGCUGCAGUGGAAACUAUAAGAUUAAAAUAUUGGUGGAAUAUAGAUAAUGCAAUUAAGAAUUGGGAACCUGGAAAACCAGUCAACUUAACACAUUGA